AUGGCAUCCCAAACGCGACACCUCCGCAUCGGCGUCGACGUUGGCGUGACAAAUACUGAUGGCGUGGUCCUCGAUCCCUCGCGGGCCUCUGAGCCCGGCAAGGGUAUCAUCGCGUGGCACAAGUCGCCAACAACGACGAACCCCAGCGAGGGCAUCAACAACGCCAUUGUCACAAUGUUUGAGUCCACCAAGAUCGAUCCGAGUGAAAUCGCCAGCGUAACCAUCGGCACAACUCACUUCGUCAACGCUCUCUUCGAGAGGGAUGCCGCUCGUCUAGCCCCGGUUGCUGUUAUCAGGCUAACGAGCCAGUUCUCUAAGCACGAUCCGCCUUGUCUGGAUUGGCCCGAGGAUUUACGCGACCUGAUUUUGGGAUAUUAUGCUCUCUGCAAGGGUGGCCUACAAGUAGAUGGCACUCUGAUUUCUGACAUAGACACCGAGGAAAUCAAAGCGCAAUGCGCUCCCCAUCGACACGAACGACAAGAAGAACGAGCUGCCGAUAUUAUCCGAUCAGAGAUCUCUAGCUGCACCGUCACCUGCUCCAGAGAUGUGGCGAACCUGGGCUUCCAGGAGCGAGAAAACGCAGCCAUUCUCAACGCGACGGAGCCUAUGAAAAGGCUAGGCCUCAACUGUCCAGUCUUCAUCUCUCAGAAUGGCAGUACGAUCCUGUCAGGCGAGAUGGCCGCCAACUUACCCUUCCGGACAUUCUCCAGCGGCCCGACCAACAGCAUGCGAGGAGCCGCCUUUCUGGUGCAGGAUCACGAACUUAGCAACAGUGCCGUAAUGGUAGUCGACAUUGGAGGUACGACUACCGAUGUAGGUCUACUGCAGGCUAACGGUUUCCCACGCCAACAAGCUGUCUACAGUGAAUUCGCUGGCGUCCGCCUCAACCUCUCUUGCCCAGAUGUCAAGAGUAUCGGCCUAGGGGGAGGCUCCUUAGUCCGGAAGGGCGCCGAGAAGCUUACCGUUGGACCAGACAGCGUUGGCUAUAGGAUUAAGACAGAGGCCAUCGUCUGUGGAGGGUGUACCCUAACCGCCACAGACUGUGCCGUCCUCGCCAGCUCAUCGUCGCCUGCCGCCCCCAUUGGAGACGCUACUCUGGUCCAGGGCGCCCUCGAUGCCCAAGGCGUAGCCCAGCUUCCCGCCAUCGUCAAGCAAAAGCUCGAAAAGGUGAUUGAUACGAUGAAGACCUCGCCGGAAGACAUACCUGUUCUCCUAGUCGGCGGUGGCGCCGUGAUUGCGCCUUACGAGCUAAGGGGAGCUAGCGAGGUGCUAAAGCCUGAGUGGGCGGGCGUCGCCAACGCGAUCGGCGCAGCCAUUGCACGUGUCAGUGCCAUCGUUGACACGGUCAAGUCGACAGAGUCCAAAUCGGUCCAAGAGAUCUUGGGUGGAGUGGAGGAAGAGGCUAGGAAAAAGGCCGUUGCUGCGGGUGCGGUUCCUUCGCCUGUUCAGAUCGUGGAUGUGGAUACGAUACCCCUGGCUUACAUUGCCAACAAGUCGCGCUUCAUUGUGCGUGCUGCCGGUGACUUUGACUUCUCGCGGACAGAUCUUUCAUCUGUAUUGCAAAGCAGCGAGGAGGGGAGCCAAGGUGAUGAGGUCUCGACCAACCGAGUCGUAAAGACUACCGCAAUCCGUACUAAGGAAGAGAUCGAUGUCUUGACUUACAAGCCUCUUGUCAAAGAUCGAGUCUGGUACAUCAACGAGACCGACCUCGACUGGAUCAGGAUUGGAUGCUACAUCCUCGGCACAGGCGGCGGUGGCUCACCCUACUCCCAGCAACUCAUCCUCCGCGAGAAGCUGCGCAAAGGUGCAGUCGUCAGAGUUGUUAAUCCUCACCACAUACCCGACGAUGCCCUCGUCGGCUGCGGAGGCCAUGCGGGGUCCCCGACCGUCGCCAUCGAAAAGAAGUCUGCCGGCGAAAUGCAGAAGGCCCAAGAGGAGAUGUAUAAACACUUGGGCACGCCCGCCACACACAUGAUCUCCGUCGAAAUUGGCAGCGCGAACGGCCUGCAGAGCAUGAUGAUCGGCUCUAGCACGAACAUGAACAUCCCUACAGUCGAUGGCGACUGGAUGGGCCGGGCGUACCCGACCAAAUGGCAGACGACGCCGGUAGUCUUCAACGAACGGAGACCCAUCUGGACGCCAGUGACCAUGAGUGACGGGAACGGCAGCAUCGUCACGAUGUCCCGGGCAUCAUCUGAUAAGCAGGUCGAGCGGGUUAUGCGUGCGGCUCUGGCGGAGAUGGGCUCGCAGGUGGCUGUGGCUGACCCGCCGGUGACGGGAGCCGAGACCAAGAGGUGGGUGGUAGAACAUACCAUUUCCCAGUCGUGGCGAAUCGGGCGAGCUGUUGCUGAGGCAAGGAAGCUCAACUCUGUCGACAAUGUUGCGGAGACAAUCACUGAGGAAUGUGGCGGUCACGGCUCGGCUAAGGUUAUUUUCAAGGGCAAGAUCGUGGGCGUCGACAGGGUGCUCAGGAAAGGUCACGUCUAUGGAGAGCUGGUCAUCGAAGGCGCUGAUAUCUCCACCUCGAGAGAGACAGGGCAAGAGCCAAAGAAGGAGAAGUUCACAGGAUUCGUCAAGAUCCCGUUCAAGAAUGAGAACAUUGCUGCAAUCAGGGCCACAUCUGCCAAGUCCGGGCCCCAAGAAGUUGGGACAGAGAAGCAGGAAGAUGUCUUAGCCAUUGUGCCGGAUCUUAUCGCGGUCAUUGACGCGCAAAACGGCGAAGCCAUUGGAACGCCAGAGUACAGGUACGGACUUUUGAUCAUUGUUCUAGGUAUUGCGGCUAGUGAUCGCUGGACUAGCUCUACGAGGGGCCUUGAGAUCGGGGGCCCUGGAGCUUUCGGAUUCUCUCACCUCAAGUAUCAUCCUCUAGGCAUUAUCGUGAAGCCUCGGAGUGUCGUUGAUGAGUUUAACGUUGAGGUCCAGGGAUGA